AUGUUGUUGAAGACGAUUACAGUGGAGGAGUGUAUGUUCCUUCGUUCGAUCUCCCUCAAUCUUCCGGCCGGAGAUUCACCGGCGCAACAAAGUGUUGAACCGUCGGUCACUUGGGGUAAUGAUCAGUCAACGGGUUGGCCUUCAUGGGAUGAGCCAAAUCCGUACCAGUACGAUCGCCUAAUAACUGAUCGUUGUUGGGGUCCAGCUGAUGAUCAAUAUACGUACGAGCCUCAGUUCGUGGAGGAUGCUGGUAAUGUAGAUGAAGAUUAUGUUUCAUCGUCUGAAGCCGAGACUGAUACAAGCGCCUCUGAAGACUUGUCGGAGACAGAGAACGUGAGAAGGGCGGGGAUUGAAUAUGCAGGUUGGCAGAAUUUGCAGAUCGACGAGGAUGAUGACGAACAGGGCAAGGAAUUUUCUGUCAGCAAAUCAGACAGCAGACGAGUCUACUUCAAAUGCAAGCAUUCAGAUACGUGCCCCUUCAAGCUCCAUGCAUCGUCACAAGAUGGAGUCAUUUGGGGAGUGUAUAAGUUCACCAAUGAGCACUCAUGCGACGGUGAGCUAGGGCGCGUAGCGCGAAUAAAGGCCCCCGCAAAAGUCGUCGCAGCAUAUUUAGCACAGAAGAUACACGACGAUUGCGAGAUCUUGAAGCCGAAGGCCAUCCAGCUGGAGCUGCGACGUGAGUUUGGCGUACAGAUCAAGUACGAUGUUGCAUUGCGAGCCCGUAAUCGAGCCACUGAGAUGGUUUAUGGUCGACAUGAUCAGUCCUUCGAGAUGCUGCCCAAGUACUUAUACAUGUUGAGACAAUCCAAUCCCGUGACGAAGGACGGCAACGAGAGUUUGUUCCCACUCGCGUAUGGUGUUGGCCCGAAAGAAAACGAUGAAUCGUGGAGUUAUUUCAUGUCACGCAUUCGACGUGUUUAUGGCCAAGCCGAUCCACUUUUGAUUGUCUCUGAUCAGCAUAUCUCCAUUGCCAAUGCUAUCAGGAAUGAGUUACCAAAUGCAACCCACGGCCUAUGCUACUACCAUUUGCAAAAUAACCUGAAGCAUUACGGUAAGGCAGUGGUCGAGGUGUAUCGACAAGCUGCAUUUGCGUACGAGAAGUCCGACUUCAAUAGGGCUAUGAACGCCCUGAAGGUUAUGAAGAGAGCCGCGUACGAUAAACUAAUGGGGAUUGGGCCGGAGAAGUGGGCUCGUUCGAUGUGUCCUAUGCCUGUGCGACGCUACAGUUUUAUGACAUCAAAUGCUGCUGAAGCUUUUAAUUCCAGAUUGUUGUGGGCAAGAAGACUUCCUAUAUGCUCGAUGUUAGAGGCAAUCAGAAUUGUUAUUGAGAAAUGGUUCAGCGAGCGACUAAGGGCUGCACAACAAAUCGAGCAAGGCUUGACUGUUGAGGCUGGUAAAAGGGUAGCUAUUGAAGUCCAAAAAAGUCGUCGAUACACUGCACAAAGGUUGAGUGGCAUGAAGUAUAAGGUGCAAACUGCUGACAGAAGCUUCAAGGUGGAUCUAGAGAAGAAAAAAUGCGAAUGUCGAGUAUUUCAUCUAGACCAACUGCCCUGUUCUCAUUCAAUCGCUGCAAUAAGUGAAGCCGGUGAUACGAUCGCGGAGUAUGUAGACUCGUACUACACGAAUGACUUUCUUAUCGAUACUUACUCUCGCGAAGUUAAUAAUCUCCCGCCGAGACGCCAGUGGUUGGUUCCCGAGCACAUCGCUGAGCAGGUUGUAUUACCUCUGAUUGUAAAAGGUCAAGCGGGGCGCCCAAAAGAAGGUAGACAUCGAGGCGGUGGUGAAGGCACCAGCACACAAGCCGAUGAGUCUUCUAGUAUCAGGCGUCGUAAACCAAAGAAGUGCAGCAUCUGCCAUGAAGAAGGACACAGCAAGAGAACGUGCGCUGGCAGGGCGACUGAGCCCAGGGAGUAG